CCUCUGUCUCUCUUGAGUUGCCGGAAGAGAUUGUUACGCACUGUUUAGAAGGGAACCGUGAGGAGCUGAGGCCUGAGACACGUCAGAUCACUGGAGGCUUGCCGCAAUGGCUCAGACACUCGGCCCUCGACCUUUGUCGUCCAUCCUCCUCUUAUCCCUCGUACCAGUCGGCGCAUGGCUCCUUGUCCGCCCCCUGCUCGAUCCGCUACCUCCUUUGCCCGCUUUCCAUGCUGCACUAGGCCUCUCCAUAUUUGCGUUCAUCGCAACCGUAUAUCUCGUGCCUGCAUUGGGCGAGACUUUCAUUAAAGCGCGGCUUUUUGGGAGAGACUUGCUGAAGACGUAUGACACGCCGAUCCCGGAAAGCUUGGGAUUGGUAUGCGCGUCCAUUUACAUUCUUGUUUUGAUCCUCUUCAUCCCAUUCGCGUUCUCUGAUGUGUUUGUCAAUGAUUAUGAAAACCGGUCGCAGCACGGGUUGGUCGUCGCAGAGUUUCCCCACCAGAAGCUUGCUGUCUACCUCUCGUCCAUCCUCUCACUCCUCAUCGCUACCAUGCUUGGCUUCCUCGAUGACGUCUUCGAUAUUCGCUGGAGACACAAGCUCCCCAUCCCCAUCAUUGCGACCAUUCCGCUCCUCCUGGUCUACUAUGCCGAACGGGGGAACACAAACGUCGUCGUGCCUAUUCCUCUGCGCUGGCUCUUCGGUACCCUCAUUAAUGUCGGCCCGCUGUACUAUCUGUACAUGUCCUUGCUCUCUACCUUCUCGACCAACAGCAUCAACAUCCUCGCAGGUAUUAACGGUUCCGAGACAUCUCAGGCGUUGAUCAUCGCGUUGUCGGUCAUACUGAACGAUCUGCUCUACUUGCCCUGGCCGUUCGGCGUUCAAAUCCCUGUACAUCUUCUUGGUGGGCACGCUGAGUUUAAGAUUGGUGGACCUUGGGGCGCAGGAAUGGCCUACGGCAGCAGGGAAAUGGUGGAGAGGCACCUCUUCAGCUUGUACUUCAUGCUUCCUCUGGUCGGUGUAUGCGCCGGCUUCUUGUACCACAAUUGGUAUCCAGCCAGAGCAUUCCCCGGGGACACCCUCUGUUACUUGGCUGGCAUGGCUUUCGCGGUAGUCGGCAUUCAGGCGCACUUCUCCAAGACGCUCUUGUUGUUCUUCCUCCCUCAAAUCUUUAACUUCGUCCUAUCCUGUCCCCAGCUGUUUGGUUUGGUCCCCUGUCCACGGCAUCGUGUUCCAAGGUUUGACAAGGAGACGGGGCUACUCUACCCUUCGAAGGCCAUCUUCGAGAAGCCGCCUUCAGCGCUUACAACCGCAAUCCUGAACGUUCUUUCUACUCUUCGACUCAUCAAUCUCAGUAAAAAUCCUGAGACUGGCCUGCCGGAGACUACGAACCUGACUAUCCUGAAUGUCUUCCUCGUGAACCUGGGGCCCAUGAAGGAGGACUCGCUCGUCCAGGUGCUGAUCUCGACCCAGGUUACAGGAAGUGUACUUGCCUUUGCUGUCCGGUAUGGGCUGGCGUGGCUGUUAUACGAUGGGAACAGGCGGUGAACGACGAGACGGGACUCGAUGACUAGCAUAUAUGCAUGUAAUCCCGAUUUUUAAUGGACCGGCUAAUUUAUGAAGGCGUAGCUGUCA